GUUUAAUAAGCCAGUGGAAGCUGAACUCUGGAAAGGAAACUUUCGAUGCCCUGAUUGAGAGGAAGCUCUUCCCCCAGUUGAGAGCUCUUCCCACACAUCUAGAAGGAGAGGUGAAACUGGGCUCUGGACUCCCAAACACUGAACCUGGGCGGGUUCAGGAUCCACCCACGGUCCACCUGGUCCGAAAGGCAGGAGAGAUCCUUUGUGACUGUUGCCUUCAACUCUCUGAUAGAAUCCUUCAACCUGGAGGAUGGAAAUGCAAACAGCUUAGAGGAGGUCAAGAAAGAAUAUGUCAACAUGUACUCCAGAAAUCACAGCCUGGUCUUGAAUCAAGUUCUUCAGAAAGGUUCUGCCACCUGGUGCCCCACUGAAGCCCCUGAGAAGGACACUGAGGAAGAGGAGGAAGCGGGGGAGGAAGACCAAGAAGAGGAGGAAGACGAGGAGAAGGGGGACGAGGAGAAGAGAGUGAAAGUGGAGCCCCCCUGCUUCCCAGCUGCCUCACCGCCGGACCCCCUGGCGUUUGAACGGUAUCUCAGCUUCUACAAGCAGACCAUGGACCUUUUGACUGCGAACGGCAUUGUCUCCUCUCAGGAGGUGACUCUCCCCAUCGUCUCUGCGGCCAUCUCCCACCUGUGGCAGAACCUCUCCGAAGCGAGGAAGGCCAGCCUCCUGAAGGUCUGGGCACAGAUGCACAGCAGCCUCCCAGGCCUCGCAGGGGCCUGUCAGGAGUCAGCCUGUGCCGAGGGCAGCGUGAAAGACAGUGGGGUCGAGAGCCAGGGGGCCAGCUGCUCCCUCACCUCUACCCCCGAGGAGAUCCUUUUGGAAGACACCUUUGAUGUGGCAAGUUUCCUGGACAAAACUGAGACUCCAAGCACAUCCAGCUCUAGUUCAGCAUUUGCUGGCUGCAACCCCGAAAAUCCAGAGGAGAAGUUUCAGCUCUACAUGCAGAUCAUCAAUUAUUUUAAAGGCCUCCCGUCUGUUAAUUUUCAGGUCAAACAGGAACCAGACCUUCCCACUGAUGAUGAGAUGAUAAUGUUGAGGUGCAUGGAGACCUUUGAUGAUGAUGAAGACCUGUGAUGGGGGGACCUGGGCAGAGAAGGGAAUGAAUGAGGUGGUGGUUUCCAAGUUUGAGUGCUGGCAGCCAAGGUUACACCUGCUUCAGGCUUCCGGGACAUUUUGCUGUGGGCUGUCCCAGAAGCCUUUCAAUGGUUUUCACUUUUUGUUUCUGAUUAUUACAAGGUAUUCAAAAGUGGUGUGGCCCUGUGUCCGUCUUUCAGGGUUGUUUGCUAGGAAGGACUGCCCUACUAUAGGCCUCACACCUGCUCCACUGUGCUCAUAUUCAGGGGGUACAGCCAUGGGCCUUUCAGGAGGAGGACAGGCUAGAUCUGUCCCUGGAGUUGGCAUGACACCGGGUACUUUCAGCAUACCCUGGGUUUGGGGCACUGUUCUGGCGGGUUCUAGAGGGUUCUGGAACCCACCUGUUCAUCCUGCACGCCCUGGGAGCCCUGUCCUAUAGGACAUCAGAGUGAGCCAGCUGCACCUGCUUCUGGGAAUAAGGACUCCUGAAUGGAGUCCAGGCCUGAUGCCACCAUGUUCUGAGCGCUUUCUGGAGAGGGUCCUCUGGGAAGAGUGCUUAUGUGCUGGGGGGUGCACAGUGGAUGUGGUAGUUAAAUCUACGUGUCAGCUUGGCCAGGCCGCAGUACCCAGAUAUUCGGUCAAGCACUAUUCUGUAUGUUUCUCGGAAGGUAUUUUUAGAUGAGACUAACAUUUAAAUCAGUAGACUUUGAGUAAAGCACAUGACCCUCCAUAUUAUGUGGAUGGCCCUUAUCCAAUCAGUUGAAGGAAUGACUAGACCAAAAUACUGACCUACUGGGGAUACAGGAUAAUCUGCCGAGCGCCUUCAGACUGGACCUGCCACUGCAGCAGCCUGCUGGCCUAACCUGCACAGUUCGGACUUACCAGCCUCCACAGUCACACAAGCCCAUUCUUUAAAAUAAACCUCUCUCUCUCUCUGUCUUUCUCUGUGUGUGUGUGUGACUAUGUGCACAUGGAUGUGUACAUGCACACAUAAGCAUACACACAUCCUACAUCCUAUUGGCUCUGUUUCUCUGGAGAACCCUGACCCUUCCUGAGUGUGCAGAGAGAAUGGGUUCACUGGCUCCUGAGAGUUUACACGCCGUAGCAACAGCAGCUCCCUUCCCCUGAAGGCCUCUCUUGUGCCCUGGAGAACCUGACACACAGGUCCUUAGGAUCCAAACCAGUCCUGCCUGAUGCCACAGUCCCAGCUCUGGGGCUUCACUGCCAUCCUGUGACACGUGAGCUGACCCCCAGGACAACCACUGGCCCUUCACUGUCCACAAACGAGCAAAUCGAGGGAACAGGGAGGGCCUUCAUGCCCAGGGCCUGAGCUUGUGCUGGGAAGAAAGGGAGGAGGGGCCCUCGUGGCAUGGUGCUCAGGCCAGCCACCCCCAGCGAUUCAGCAAGCCAGGAACAAGCCAGAGUGCGGGCCUUUACAGAUACGGCUGCAGCCCCAAGGAACCAGCGCCCCCUCGUUGCUCCUCACUGCACCGGCUCCUCCUUGUCCGAGGCUGUGGCCUCAUUCCUGGAGCAUCUCUGCAGCGGCCCCCGGUCAGCACGGACCUCGGCAGGAUGCUGUGUCCCUUCUCCCCACAGCCGUGUAGGAGUGUCCCCACCUUCACUGCCUGCACACUCCCACAGGGCUCACUGGGCAUCUCUGCAGCCCAGGACGGACUGGUGGCAUGAAGCUACCUUGAGAUGGAACUCGUGCCCCUCCUCUCCACCAGGGACAGUCCAGCCAUCGUAACAGGAGAAGCAGCCAAAGCUGAGGCUGGUAGGUGCAGAGAGAUGGCCGCUUGUACAUGUCCUCUUCUGGUGGCAACUCCACAGAUUUCUUGGUGAAAUAGGAAGCUGAGAGCCAGGGCGAGGACAUGGUGGAAGCGGUUUCUGAAGGCAGGGGAAGAGAGAGCCGAAGUCCUUAGGGAAGGCGGCAUGGCUGCCAGGCAGCACCAAGGACCCACGUGGAGUUCACGGCCAUGAUCAAGAUGAGACCUGUCAGCACGGGUGUGUGUUCUCUCCAGCAACGUCCAGCUGCAUGGGUGCAGGUACAGACAGGGGAGGGGAAGAGUUGCUUCUGAGCAGCAUUAAGGUUGUGCCAAGCAAGUGAGAUGACAGUGAGCAGACCAAGGGCGUCAAGCAUGCAAGAAGGUGACUAUUGUGAUAGAUCACAGAACUGAAGCUGGGCAAGGAGGGCAGAAAGGACAAGAGGGAGGAUGGACAGGAGAUUCAGGUCUUGGGCAACUAAACGGUUACUGGACUGGGGACACUAGAGGUACGGAACUAGAUAAAUAUGAAGCAGUGGUCAGAAAAUCGCUUGGAAUUGAAACUGUAGGAGGUGCAUCACAGGUCCUCACAAGGUCCAGGCUGGAAUGUGGCCAGGAAAUGGGCAGCUGAGAUGGCACAAAGCACCCAAUCAUUGCAGGCGUGGAGCUACAGGAUGAGAGGCAGGGUGGGAGAAGGAUGAGCGGUGUGGGUGCACAGUCACCAAGUGGCCAGGAAGAUUGCUGGAGAGACAGUGAGCAGCACACUAACGUCCUCAAGGAAUGGUGACAUGGGCUCUGCUGAUGCCAAAAAUAAGGGGCAUAGGUGGGGAAGUCUGGUGGUGUGGGGUUCAAAGCAGGAGUAGAGUGGAGAUGUCCCGUAGGAAGUGCAAUUAAAGAUCUUCCCCGUUCUUCAUUAUCCUGAAAUUAAGGUUCAUUUCUAUUUGUUAAUUGGUUUCCACGAGAGUCUUACAAAGGUUACAUUUCACAUGAGCUUAU